AUGACAGAUAACGAAAAAAAUGCUUGGUUAAGUUACAAAGAAGUUGUACAAAAUUUCUUGGGCAACCAUCGGGAUCAACAAUAUAAAAACAUUGUAUCGACAAUGUUAUUAAACUUUAAAAAAUUAGGCUGUUUAAUGAGUUUGAAGCUACAUUUCCUAUUUUCCCAUUUGGAUUACUUUCCGGAAAAUGUAGGAGCCUUCAGCGAAGAGAUGGGUGAACGAUUCCAUCAGAAUUUCAAAGAAAAAGAGCGACACUAUCAAGGUAGAUGGGAUGAAAGAAUGAUGGCUGGCUACUGCUGGUCUUUGAAAAGAAACGAUAACGCUGCUCAAUAUAAGCGUAAGAAAUUCUUCCCCAUCACAUUUCUCGGAAGCAUCCUAUGGAUUGCUGCAUAUUCGUACCUGAUGGUGUGGUGGGCGAACAUGGUCGGCGAAACAGUAAGCAUUCCUCCGGAGGUGAUGGGUCUCACCUUCUUAGCGGCUGGUACAUCGAUACCGGACCUCAUAACGUCCGUCAUCGUCGCUAGAAAAGGAUUUGGCGACAUGGCAGUUUCUUCCUCCGUCGGCAGCAAUAUCUUCGAUGUUACCGUCGGGUUACCAGUGCCUUGGUUAAUAUACGGAAUCAUCUACAACAAGCCCGUCGAGGUGAACUCGGUAGGAAUGGUGUGUUCCAUAACAAUACUCUUCAUGAUGUUGUUGUUCGUCGUCUUGUCGAUUGCAUGCUUCCGGUGGAAGAUGAACAAGGGGCUCGGUCUCACGAUGUUUCUGUUGUAUUUUGUCUUUGUUGCCGUUUCACUUAUGUUCGAAUAUGAAACGAUAGUGUGUCCCUUUUAAACAUAACCAAAAACAAACAAGUUGAAACACGAAA